GCGGGAGGCAGAGUGGUUCUCUGAUCGCACUCAAUCUGCUGCCCUGUGCCCUCCAUCCGUCGGCGGUAGACUGGCACGGAGCUAGCGGGGAUAUCCGACGAGCUCAGAGGGGGAGGAUGGGGAGACGGACCACUUCCUGAUGGAGGAAGUCUGGUGUAGAUGCUGAGCCUGAAGAGAGCCCAGAGAGCAGCAGCAGCAGCAGCAAUAGCAGUAGCAGCCACAGCAGGAGGGCUGUAGAUGAUCUCUCUACGGGUGCUGCUCCAUCCCAGGCCUCUGCUGGAGAGCCAGGACAAGGAGGGGUUAGCUCCUGCUCUGAAUCUGACAGUCCGGUAGAUUCUUACUCCAGUGAGGAGGAGGACGAGGAGGAGGCGAAGGACAAAGACGCAAUGUUCUCUUCCAAAUUUCUUAGCGGGGCCAACCCCUUGAAUGCUGUGUCUUCUGCUGUGAACAAGUUUGGUUUGUUUGGCGAUGAUGGCGACGGGGAUAAAAAGUCCCCACAACAGCAAGGAAGAAAGCCAUCUGGAGAGCAACAGACUGGAGCAGGUCAUGGAAAAGGGACUCAACAAGAGCAGGGUCUCCAAAAGUCAGGCCAAGGACCGCCUAUGCAAAAGUCUCAGCCUCAUCCACAACAGGGAUCACCACAGCAGCAGGGGAGCAGACAAACUGGUCUGACUAACAGACCUGUGGGAAUACAAGCUCCUACAAAUCAAGAGAGAGAGAACCCUAAAAACCAACAACCACAUCAGGGUUCACCAAAACCUGGAGCACAACCAGAAUCUCCCAAAGUAUCAUCUGAUAGACAACAGGUCCCAUCUGUGGCAAAGGUGCAGCAAGGUCUAACUAAAACUGGUGCACAGCAAGAAUUUGCAAAGACUGGGCGACCAGGGUCCCCAAUGAUUGGGUUAGACCAGCAGUCACCAAUAACUGGACAACAUAACCGGGACACAGCCAAGGUGGGACAACAACAGAAAGGAGUUAGAGGUCCACCUCAGACUCAGUCCUCUGAUAAACAACAAGGUGUGAAAGGACCUGGAACACCUAGCCUGACUCCUGGAGGGUCUCCAUCUUUGGCAGCUACCAGAGGCAGAACUCAGUCAAAAGCAGGUCUUAAAAUCGUUUGCCCAGUCUGUAACACAACCGAACUCAAUAUCCAAGCCAAGGAACCACCUAACUAUAAAACCUGCACGCAGUGUAAAAACGAAGUGUGCAGCUUGUGUGGCUUCAGUCCUCCAGACUCUGACGGCCACGAGUGGCUUUGCCUUACUUGCCAAGUUCAGAGGGCUCAAGGAACUAUUGAACCACCUGGAGCCGCUGUAAAAAAGCCCUCGCCGAGCAAAGUUUCUGCUCCACAAAAUCGCACUCUCUCUCCUGUUGGAGCCAUAAAAAAACAAACGUCGGCAUCAGGUUCACCACAGAAUUUGCAGUCUAAAUCAAUAGAAACACCAGCGAAGGGUGAAGCUGAUAAAGGACCAGAACAUCUAAAAAACAUCAGUCCAGCAUCUCCGAACAAAAUGACACCCGAGACUCAGAGAAAAUCAGGAACUCAAAAAACACUACUGACUGGACAAAAUCAAAGUAGUGCCACUUCUUCUCCCCAGCAGGCAUCAGGAGGUUUAUUUGGUUUUGGUGGUGCUAAAGUUGAACCUGUCAAAGCAGAUGAGUCAGUAACUGGGAAGAUGUUUGGGUUUGGAUCCUCGAUUUUUAGCUCUGCGUCCACUUUGAUUGCAUCAGCUGUUCAGGAUGAAACCAAAACUACUCCACCAGUUUCUCCUAAAAUUCACCCAGCAAAGGACACCAAAGCUUUUCCUGUCCAAAAGCCAGACCAGGAAAAAAAGCAGCAACAACCUCAGGAGGCAAAGGCUCAGUCUGCAGGACAGGUUAAACGGGAGAGGUCCUCAGCUGAGACUCCAAAGGCAGCUUCAGCCUCUCCUAAUGCUUCAGACAAAACCCAGUCCACUUGUCCAAUCUGCAAGCUGGUGCUCAAUGUGGGCUCCAAGGAUCCUCCCAACUACAGUAGCUGCACUGAAUGCAAAAGCACCGUCUGCAAUCAAUGUGGAUUUAACCCAAUGCCAAAUGUUAAAGAGGGAAAGGAGUGGCUUUGUCUAAACUGCCAGGUGAAACGAGCUGCUGGAGGAAUUGACUCCCAGAGAGACACAUCCCCAGCCACUUCAGCUAAAAAGACAAAUGCAGUACAAUCUGCACAUCAAAAGACACCAGUGGCAGGCUCUUCCCAGAAUAAGAUGUCAACACCACCGCAACCUCCCAAGGCUGAAGGGCUAGACAGCCAUAAAGAGGUCAGACCAACUGCUGGUCAGGAAUCUCCUAAAGAAAGCCAGAGGACAGGUUCUCAGAAACAAACACAGCAGACAGCUCAAGCAGCACAAAAACAGGGAAAUGCCACAGUUCAAGCGUCUGGAGGUUUCUUUGGUUUUGGUGGUCCCAAAAGUCAAUCCGAUGCUUCAAAACAUGGAGAAUCAGUCACUGGGAAGAUGUUUGGUUUUGGCUCAUCCUUCUUAAGUUCUGCAUCUACUUUAAUUACUAGUCAAGAUGAGUCUAAAAUAACACCUCCGGUAUCUCCCAAGAUGACAACUGCAAAGGACUCCAAAUCUCCAACGGUCACCAAAAAAGAACACGAAAAGCAACCCCAGGACCUGAAGCAAGCCACGGGUCCAACAUCAGCACAGCCAAAAGCAGAAAAACCUGCACCAGAACCGCCAAAGAAAGCUUCAGCUUCACCUGUCAUUUCCAAGAGGGGUGAAUCAGCAUGCCCUCUCUGCAAGGUACAGCUCAAUGUGAGCACUAACGAUACCCCCAACUACAGCACCUGCACCGAGUGUAGGAGCACUGUUUGUAACCAAUGUGGGUUUAAUCCAACGCCAAAUGUUACAGAGGUGAAGGAGUGGUUAUGUCUGAACUGUCAGGUGCAGAGGGCACUGGGUGCAUCUGAGCCUCCAGGAACACCUGUGAUGAACCUACAGUCAGCAAAUAAACCUGCCAGUGUUGUGAAGAAGGACACUCCUACUCAACAGAAAGCUAUUUCAGUCUCUGCGAAAUCUAAAGAGUCCUCACCAGUUGGUUCACCUCAACGGAAACCACAAAAAUCUCCUGAGCAGCCAGCAAAAGGGGAAUCUGAUAAAGGAUCUGAAAGUCAGCAACAUAUCACUUCAGAAGCUGGUGAGAACAUUCCUCAGCAAGUCCCGAAGACAGGGUCCCAGAAGAGUAAUAUGCCACCAGCAAAAGAAGAAGUGGGAAGGUCCGUAAAACCUGGUGGUCCCAAAACUCAGCCUGAAUCAGCAAAAGCUGCUGAGUCAGUUGGUGGGAAAAUGUUUGGCUUUGGUUCGUCCAUUUUCAGUACUGCAUCUACUUUGAUAUCCUCAGCUGUCCACGAUGAAUCAAAAACCACACCACCACUUUCUCCUAAAAUGGCAAAGGGAACCAAAACGCCUCCUGUUCAGAAAUGCAAUCAAGAAAAGAAACCAGAACAACUCCAACAGACCAAGACCUCUCUGCAGCUGCAAGCCAAAGUAGGAAAAGAGUUACAAGAGCCUCUAAAGGGGCCAGUUGCUCCAGAUGUUCCCAAGGCAGGUCAACCUACCUGUCCACUCUGCAAGAUAGAACUAAACAUUGGUUCCAAGGAACCUCCCAACUACAACAAAUGCACAGAGUGCAAGAACACUGUGUGCAACCAGUGUGGAUUUAAUCCCAUGCCAAACACGUCAGAGGCUAAAGAAUGGUUAUGUCUAAAUUGUCAGAUGCAAAGAGCUCUUGGUGCAUCCGAGGCCACAGAGCCUACUAUGAAACCCCAAAGUGAAGCCAACAAAACUUCUCCAUCUCCUGCACAUAAGAAAAUUAUUGCUCCUAUCCAGAAAGAAACUCAAAAGAAGGAACUGCUCACAUCUGAUAUGAAGGUGGAAGAUGCAGUAUCUGGUUUACUUCAAAAGAAGGGGGGGCCCACACCAGUUUCUCCUCAGACAGUACAGCGAGCAACAGUUCCACCUACUACUAAGGCUGCAAAAGAACCAGGUGAAACUCAUUCUAUCCCAGCUGCUGGUCAGAAAACCCCUGUGGAUAUCCAAGAAGGAACAGGUCCACAAAAACAGGCCGGACAAGCAAACAAGCUUGAACCACAACAAAAGAAGGUUUUACCAGAUGCCCAACCUGAGUCAGGAAAUCCAUCCAGUGGUCCUAAAGUGGGCCCAACUGUUUCAAAAACAACUGAAUCAUUCGGAGGAAAAAUGUUUGGCUUCAGUUCCUCUAUUUUCAACUCAGCAUCCAGUUUGAUAUCAGCUGCUGUUCAGGACGAAUCCCAGACUACGCCACCGGCAUCUCGUAAGAUGUCCGCACCAGCACAAGUCCCUCCAAAGUUGUCUGCUGUGUCCAAAAUCUCUCCAAGAACUACGCCCACAGUUUCUCCCAAAAUGUCACCAGCAAGAGAAAAGAAAAUGAUUCCUCAGAAACCAGAGCUGGAGAAGAAAUCGGAUGACUCCCAUGCAAACAAGGACGACAAAGCUUCCCUAGAGUUAUCAAAAAUCCCGCAAGCAGGUGCAGUUCCAUCUACUUGCCCACUCUGUAAGGUUGAGAUGAACAUCAGCACAAAGCUGUCUCCCAACUACAACACCUGUACUGAGUGCAAGACCACAGUUUGUAAUCAAUGUGGAUUCAGCCCCAUGCCCAUUGGAGAGAUAAAAGAGUGGCUAUGUCUUAUUUGUCAGAUGAAAAGAGCAGCAGGAACCCUUGAGCCUGUGGCGCCACCUGCUCUGAAGUCCCAAACAUCACCCAGUAAAUUACCUCCAUCUGCUGCUUUUAUGUCAAAGGAUCAGUCCAAGCUAACUGCUCCAGAGAAGGACAGUCCAGACUCUGUGGAACAAACAAAGGAGAAUAAAUCCACAACCUCAAGAAAAUCUGAAGCUGAGACAACAGAACAAAUACUCAAAACGGCUCAGAGGAAACCACAUCAGCCAAGCCAACCUGAAAGCAAACAGGAGACUGGCAUUCCAGCAAAACAGCAGGAAUCCAGAGGUUUAUUUGGGUUUAGUGAUUCUAAAUCACAGCCUGAAGCAGCAAAGACUGCAGACGCAUCAAGUGGGAAGAUGUUAGGAUUUAGUUCUUCCAUCUUUAGCUCUGCCUCGUCUUUGAUAACCUCAGCUGUUCGAGAUCAGUUGACUACAACUCCACCAGUUUCUCCAAAGCUGUCUCCAGCAAAGGAAUCUAAACCUUCUGCUGUCCAGAAAGAACAGCAGAAGAAACCAGAGCAGCCACUAAAGGUGGAGGGUCAACUACCUGUAGAGAGUAAACCAGAUGAAAUCAAGUCUCCCGUAUCCCAGAAGCGUGAGCCACAGAAACCAUCGACUCAGACAAUGAGACCUUCAUCAGUAGACACCAACGUGGACAGAAAACUAUCAGAGGCUGCAAAGCCUGAAGCAAGUCCUCAAGCAAGUGUCAAAACUGAUAAAUGCACCUGUCCACUGUGUAAGGUCAAACUCAACACAGGCUCCAAGGAUCCACCCAACUACAAUACAUGUACUCAGUGCAAGAACACUGUGUGUAACCAAUGUGGAUUUAACCCCAUGCCAAAUGAAGCUGUGGUGGAGUGGUUGUGUCUCAACUGCCAGAUGCAGUGGGCCCUUGAAGUGAACAAGUCCCCCAAAGCUGCAUCUGUCAAAUCUCAGAUAACUGCUAAACCAGCAAAGACAGACAACACCAGCACACCUGAGCCUGAAAAGACAGCACCACAGUCACCUCAGAGGAGACUGUCUGCAACAGCAAAGCCAGACAAACCAGAAACUACCACCAAGCCAGUGGUUCUGAAACAGGCAAGCCCAGUUGCAUCAAAGAAGCAACCAGAUGAGCCACAGAGAACAUCAGAACCAAAUAGAUCACCUAGCCAGAAACGUCCGACUGAACGUAAGCAGAGCAAUGCUACUUCAGAGAAAGAUUCUGGAGGUUUCUUUGGACUAGGUGGUACUAAAACUCAGCAAGAUGUGAACAAGCAAGCAGAGUCUGUAAGUGGAAAAAUGUUUGGCUUUGGUUCUUCCAUUUUCAGCUCUGCAACUAGCUUGAUUACCUCAGCUGUUCAGGACCAGCCCAAGACUACUCCACCAGUUUCUCCUAAACUGUCUCCUGCAAGAGAGGUCAAAUCCCCCGCUGCAAAGCAGAAGAAGAAAGCAGAACUUGAACUGAACAAAAUGUUUAAUGUGGGACAGGCCAAAGAGGACAAAGCUCCAUUGGAGCCUGUAAAGGCUAAAGAUCCAUCCCAAGCUGGUGUCAAACAGGGCCAGACCUCUUGUCCACUGUGUAAAGCUGAACUCUAUGUUGGGUCCAACGAACCACCUAACUACAGUAUAUGUACUGAAUGCAAGAACACAGUCUGUAACCAGUGUGGAUUUAAUCCGAUGCCAAAUCAAGCAGGGAUUAAGGAGUGGUUAUGUUUGACAUGUCAGAUGCAAAGAGCCCUUGCAACAGCUGAAUCGGCACAGUCUCCAAUCAUAAAACCUAAAGCGUCACCCAUUAAAGCAUCUUCACCUGCUUCUGCCCUAAAGAAUGUCAAUACAGAUCAACUGAAAGAUGUUAUUCCCACAGAAAAAGCUGUAGUUGUGAACACAGCUCGGAAGGAAAGUCCAGCACUUGGUGCUCUGCGACAGAAUGUGGAUAUUCAUGAGACAUCCGCUGCUCCAAAAGAAGCAGUAGCUGUUGUUUCAAGCACAAUGAAAGAAGAAAAGCCAGGUUUACCACCUGUUAAGGAUGCCCCUAUGCCCCCUGCACCUCAAAGCAAAGAGACAGAGCCUGUUAUUCCAAACCUUGAAAAAACAACACCUGCACAAGGUGGGACAACUACACCAUCCAAAGCCACUACAGAAAAGAAAGAAGAAAAAGUUGAAGAAAUUAAGACCUCUGAAGAUCAGUUGAGUAAAUCUGCCCCUCAAGUCUCGGAGAAUGUGUCAGAAAUGCCAGUUUCUCCAAGGCCGAGCACUCAAAUUUCUCAAAGGAGGACGUCUGUAACAGAAACUAACAAGAACAACAUGCAGAAAACACAGUUUGAAAAAACAGCAGACCAAUCUGGGGCACCCAAGACUCCUCCAUUGGGAGAGAACAAAGUUGAUAUAGGUCCACCAGAAGUGAUCAAACCAGACACUUUUCAGGAAGCCACAAAAGUGGGUCAGUCUUGUCCACUCUGUAAGGUGGAGAUUAACAUGGAUUCUAAAAAUCCUCCUAACUUCAACACCUGCACAGAUUGUAAGGCCAUUGUCUGCAACAAGUGUGGAUUCAGUCCGAUUCCUAAUGUUUCUAAGGUGAAGGAAUGGCUGUGUCUCAACUGUCAGAUGCAGAGAGCCCUUGGAGCCUCCGAACCUCCAGGCCUCCCUAUGAUAAAACCACAGGCUUCGUCUAGCAAAGAGGUCCCUGUCAAUGUAGAGAAAAUAGAAACUUUGAUUACUGAUUCGAAGCUAGACAGAAUAAAGCCAGGCAUACCCGGUAAUGAGCUUAUCACAGCUAAAGAAACAGAAACCUCUGUUGAUGUACCAUCAAAGGAGGUUGGACCUAUAGUUGUUCCGUUGCCUGACAAAACAGUUUCCUCCACUAUUAAAAAGGCAGAUGUUUCCCCAGCAACACAAAAGCCAUCGUCAGAGAUGCCUGAAGGGAAACCUGAAGCACCAAAACAAGCAACAAUGGGCCCAAGUCCUCCUAAGUCUGCUGUUCCAUCUCAUUCGGAGGCAGCAGGGCCCUUAUUACAAAAGCUGCCAGAAGCUGUUGCUCCUUCACCUGAUCAAAAGAGGAGAGAGCCACCUCUGCAACAGUCUCCAAAAACUGGAACCUCACCAGCUAAAUUUGUUCCACCGUCAGCUCAGCCUGCAAAAGAGGAGUCCGGAGGCUUCUUUGGUUUUGGCCAUGCUAAAACAGCACCUUCUCCUGCAAAAUCUGCAUCUUCUGUGACAGGGAAGAUGUUUGGCUUUGGUUCAUCUUUCUUAAGCUCUGCAUCCACUUUGAUCUCUUCAGCCGUGCAGGAUGAAACUAAAACUACUCCUCCAACUCCACAUAAGUUGUCUGGCACAGAGAAAGUUACACCUACGUCUACACCACCAGCUCCACGUAAGAUGUCUACCACGGAGAAAGUUACACCUACGUCGACACCACCAGCUCCACGUAAGAUGUCUACCACGGAGAAAGUUACACCUAUGUCUACACCACCAGCUCCACGUAAGAUGUCUACCACGGAGAAAGUUACACCUACGUCGACACCACCAGCUCCACGUAAGAUGUCUACCACGGAGAAAAAUACACCUACGUCUACACCACCAGCUCCACGUAAGAUGUCUAUCACGGAGAAAGUUACGCCUACGUCUACACCACCAGCUCCACGUAAGAUGUCUACCAUGGAGAAAGUUACGCCUACGUCUACACCACCAGCUCCACGUAAGAUGUCUAUCACGGAGAAAGUUACACCUACGUCUACACCACCAGCUCCACGUAAGAUGUCCACCACGGAGAAAGUUACACCUACGUCUACACCACCAGCUCCACGUAAGAUGUCCACCACGGAGAAAGUUACUGCUACAUCUACACCACCAGCUCCACGUAAGAUGUCCACCACAGACAAAGUAUCUCCUAAAAGUACACCACCGGCUUCACCUAAAACAGUACAAGCAACAGAGGCCAAACCCCCUCCUGUGCUCAAAAUAGAGGAAAAGAAACCAGAGCAACCACUGCAAGAUAAGAUUCAUUCAGCAGAACAAGCCAAAGUGAGCAAAUCCCCGUCAGAACCCCCGAAGGUCCCAGGAGACAACAAAGAUGCUUCAAAAGCAGAAAAGUCAGUCUGUCCACUCUGCAAGACCCAUCUCAGCAUUGGCACCAAAGACCCCCCCAACUACAAGACUUGCACAGAAUGCAAGAACAUAGUCUGCACCCAGUGUGGAUUUGAUGCAAUGCCAACAAUAACAGAGAUAAAGGAAUGGCUUUGCCUAACCUGCCAGAUGCAGAGAGCCCUGGGAGCAUCAGAGUCAGCUGGACUUCCUGCUGUGAAACAACAACCCUCGGCAAGCCAGGUCCCUCAACCUCCAGCUGAACAGAAAGAGAAGUUGACACUAGCCAAAGAUAUAGGUAAAGCUAUUGCCCCAUCAACCCCAAGCAAAAUAGAAGCACCGAAAGCAGAGGUUGCAGCUUCAUCAGCAGCUGAUAUGAAGGUAAAGCCUCAGCAAGGUCUUGCGCAAAAGGCUGAAGAGGUUUCAGCGACUGAAAAGGGGAAAGGCGCAACAGUGAUGGACCAGAAGCAACUGACUGAAAAGCAGCAAAAAGUACAGAUUUCUAAAAGCCCAAUGCCAGAAGAAAAGCCAGGUGUUCCAAAACAAGAAGCCUUUAAAUUACCACUACAGCCCCCGAAAGCAACUCAAUCUCCCAGAUCUGCUUCACCAGUUCAGCCCACUAAACAGGAUACUGGAGGUCUCUUUGGCUUUGGUGCUUCUAAAACACAAGCUGCAGCAGCAAAAGCCACUGAAUCAGUGACUGGGAAGAUGUUUGGCUUUGGCUCAUCGUUUCUUAGCUCAGCAUCUACAUUGAUAACUUCAGCUGUUCAGGAUGAGCCAAAAACUACGCCUCCAACUCCAAGGAAGAUGUCCACUACGGCUCCUACUUCUCCCAAAGCUACUCCUCCAGUUUCUCCUAAAAUAAGUCCUAGAAAGGAUGUCAAACCACCCACGGCACAGAAAUCCGACACUCCUCAACAGGCCAAGCCGAUUCCAUCAGCAGAAGAAAAAGCAAGACCAGAAAUUCAGAAAUUCACUGAAGUGAUCAGCAUUGCCCCUAGAGCAGCUGUUUCCACCUGUCCUCUUUGUAAGGUCGAACUCAACAUGGGCUCAAAGGACACACCUAAUUACAACACCUGCACAGAAUGCAAAAGCAUCGUCUGCAAUCUCUGUGGAUUUAACCCCAUGCCCCAUUCAGCAGUGAAGGAAUGGCUGUGUUUGAACUGCCAGACUCACAGAGCAUUGUCAGGGCACCUUGGAGACUCAGGAAAAAUGCCUCAACUUACACAAGUGUCUGCCAAGCCAAAGGCUCAGGCUACACCUGCAACCACUGUAACAGAGCCAAAAACUGCACCUACAAAAUCAGGGCCUAAAACUGGAGUUACAAAGCCAGAGCCCACACCUCCCCAAACUAGGGCAGUGGAAUCAACUCUGAUCACAAAACCAAAUGGAGAAUCCAUCAAGAUUGAAGUUAAAGGUUCCUUGCCUUCCACACAAAGUGAACUGGAAGCAUAUCAAACAUCAAUCACAACUAUCUCACCUUCUUCUGCAGAAAAACAACCUAUUACGUCUGCCGUAGAACCUUUAGUACCAGCAGCUGAGUUACCAAAUGCUAAAGUCCUUAACAUUACACUUGUAAAAAGCAAAGAUGAAACCGAAAGAACAGAUUACAGUGUGAAAGAAUUGCCCAAAUCAAAAGAGGCUAAAGCGGACCUUAUAGAGGGUGAAGUAGUUGUAGGCACACCUUCCUCUGUUUUAAAGUCAGAGCCAGAAGGUGUCCCUGCGGUUUCUACUGCUACUGAGGUUGUGGGGGCUGAUGUUUUUCAACAGAAUGGAGCAAAGCCAGAGUCAUCUGUUCCAGAGAGUGUAACUACAGAAGUCAAACCUAAUGAACAAAUCAAACCAACUAAACAAGAACAUUCUUUACAGCAAGAUAAAUCACCUCAAAAAUCCAAACAACUGCAACUGGGAGUGGAAGAAGAGCCAACCAUGACAGCUAAGAGCAAGGGACUGGAUGAGAGAGCUGGAAAUAUUUCUGACAUGAUCUCGUCUCAGAAGUUAAAACCAGAAUCUACAGAGAUGAAAAUUACACAAGAGAAAAAUGAAAGGGAGGAAGUGGCUGUGGACAAAGAAAAAACGUCUCCAACUAAUGAGGAAGUUGAAAAAGAAUCUAUGGAUCCCCAUAUGACAACUAAUGAACAAAAAAUCAGGACAGAUGAGUCUGAUGAAGAUCAACCACAGAUUUUACCUGUUCUUCAGGAAGUGAGUGAGUGGCAAGCAAGUGAUGCAAGCAAAAAUGAAAUAACUACAGAUCAAAUGAUGCCAGUGAAGGAGGAAGCUAAAUCAGAAAGAAGACGCCUAAGUUUACAAGCAGUGGAGGAGAGCAGCGAAAGCGAGCCCACAUCGUCCUCAUCCCCAAAAGUUCAAAGGAAGAUUCUAAAGGUUGGCCCCAUUUUGUCGAGCAGUGAUGAACUCAAAACAGAAAGUGGUGAUUCCUCAGUUGAAGAUGAUGAGUUUCUCCGAAAGCAGAUUUUGGGUAUGGGUGAUGAAAAAGGAAUGUCCAUAUCUGAAGAUGAGAAAGAUAACAAGUUGUCAGAUGAAGGCACAUUCAAAGAUGUUACACUUGAUAAUGCUUCUGUGACCGCCAAAUCUCAAUCUAUAAAAACAGACACAGACAGUAAAGAUAUUGCCACUCUUCAAAAUGUUCCUGAAAAAAUGCCCAAGACUAUCAAAAAGGCUUUUCCUGUUAUGAGGCAAAGACAAAGUACUGAUGAAGAAGUAGAGAGCAACACAGAAUCCUUGUCAAAGGGUUCAUCAAGUGUUCAGACAUCCAGCAUAACUCCAGGAUCCUCACCAACAUCAGCCUCGUCUUUGGAGGAGGACAGUGAUAGCAGUCCUCAUCACAAAAAAGUUAAGGGGGACAAACAGCAUCGCAAAAGUAGGCACAGACAGCCAACCCAGCCUCUACCCACCAUUGAGAACUCAUCUGAGGAAGAAAAUUUGUCACAGGACAAACAUGAGUAUCCUACUGGAAAUGCAUCCUCCACUGAACACUUGCAUCAAAUGACUGUAAUUGAUGAAAUCCAUAGAACAUCUGGCUCAGAGUACUCUGUCAGUAUGGAAUCAGAACCAGAAUUCAAAACAGCUGUACAGAGAGGACGCAAGCCUUCAGCCACUGUUAUACCUUACACCCCUUCUGAUCAAUUUCAAGGAAAAGACAUAAUGACAAGAUCACUGAAAAGUGCAGAAGAAGCAUACGAGGACAUUCUUCAGAAAGCUAAAGCUAUUCCAGGAGAAAGUCCCCCUGAUAUUGAACCACUUUAUGGAGGAAUGACAAUAGAGGACUAUCUUUAUGAAUCUUUGGUGGAAGAGCCUGAAAUUAAGUUAAGUGAAUCUCAAGAAGAGCAAGCCCAAAAUGACACCAAUGACUCUCAAGUUCACCAAAAACUUAGGUCCCCAGAGGAAGUUUAUGAGGAAAUGAUGCAGAAAAAGAGAGAGCUGAUGAUAAUAGAACAGGAGUUUCAGCAGGCCCAGACUGCAGUGGAAACUUCGUCAUCUGGAUCUUCUGAAUAUAGGCCUUCUUCAGAGGCUGAAACAUGUGUGGUAACUAUAUCAAAAGAAGAAACAUAUACCACUGAAGACAGUGAUAUGCCUCAUCCUGAAAUGGAGACUUUAAGUGAACUACCAUCAAAGAAAAAGAAACGUCCAGCUCCUCCACGUCCUUCUGAACCUCCCAAGUGGUCUGUGGUAACUGUUGUUCCAACUACUUCCAGUGGAUCUGUAAGUUUUGUUAGGCCUAUGGUUCCUCAAGAUCCUGCACUAAGAAAGGCUUUAUUCCCUAUACCAGACCUUAAGAUUACCCAGUGUUCAUCUGGCGAGGAAGAGGAUGACAGUCUUGCAGAAGAAUAUGCCAUAGGAAUUUCCUCUGAUAUUACCCCUAGUGAUGAUUCUGAAACUAAGGACGAUUUGUCCAUAAGUCCACCAUUAUCUGAAACCUCUGAGAUGGAGCCUAUAAGUGUUGUUUGUGAAAUACCGGAGCCAAAACCAAUUCCAACUCCAAUAUCAGCCCCAGAGCUAACUACUACUCCUUCCCCUGUAUCACCAGUUUCACCUCCAACUUCACCAGCCACUCCAGAUUCUAGUUUGGCUUCUAAUGCAACGUCUUCAUCAUCCUAUCAGCCACAAACACCACUUUCAUCAGAUUCAACCCCACUGUCUACACCAACUCCUCCCAUGCCAUUCAGAGACCAGUUGCUUUCAUAUUCCUCUGUGCAAUUGCCUGUCACAGCUGCAUCUGAUCAAUCUAGUGAAACUUCAAUCACUUCUCUAGCUUCCACCACUGUUACAGUUACUAUACCAGAUCUGGUCUCUGAUCCAUCCAAAAUCCAACCACCUGAAGAACUUAAAGGUAAAACUUUCACAACUGGAGGUCCAACUCCACCCCUAUUUAAGACAUCUACUGAUGUACCUAUUGUGGUCCCAAUGCCAGACUUGGUAUCAUCUCCAUCUCAAGUACCUCUUAAAGCUUCCAGUGUUUUACAAGUCUCAGCACCAAGCCCAGCACCUGUUGUUGUCUCAGCUCAGUCUGCUGCACAAGUCACAGCUACACCAAUUGUUGUCACAACUCAAGCUUCUUCCUUCUCCACUACAUUGGUAUCAUGUUCUGAACCAGUCAUAAUUCAGAUGCCUGAUCUGGUUUCAACUACUGCCCCAAAUGCUGCUCAAACCCCAAAACCAAUUUCAGCUUUCAUAACUACCCCAGCUCAAGCCCAAGCUAAAGUGGUGCAUUCAGUCCCUGUACAAUCAGCAGUUCCAUUCAUGAUGCCAGUGGUAGUCCCAGUUCAGACUCAGACAGAACAGGGACCUCCACCAACUCCAGCAUCAACAACUGUUAUCAAAAAGAAGACCCCCCCUCCCCCUCCCCCACGUUCUACUUCUGUGUCAUUACCUGAGAUUGCCAAAGUGAUACCUGUCGUAAAGACAGUUGAUGUUACGCCGACUACAUCGGCUAAUGGAAUUACAAUAGCUGCCCAGUCAAUGCAAUCUGUAGUUGUGGACAUACAGCCACGAAUGGAAAACAUUCAAUCAGAUAGUGCAUCAGUACCUCAAGUAGUUGCUCCAACCAGACAAGGACAUGUAGUAAUCAUUGUACCAAGUGUGGAAAACAUUGCUGCUCAUGCACAUAGUAGUCAAAUAAAUACACAUCCUGUCUCAGAAAGGCCCAGUGUAGAUAUUGUCCCAGUAUCUCCCAAGGUGUCAGCUGUGCAAGAACUUUCAGGACCACCUGUAUCACCAAAGUCUUCUGUUGGGGCCAAAGUUAUGCCUAUUAUGUCUGUGGCUGAUUCAACACGAUCUCUUCCUUCUACCUUAUCCAGGUCAGCUGUUCACCCACAUUCAUCAGUUCCUUCUUUAGUAACAAAUGCUACACCAGUAAUGGCACCAGUCUCUGUAACAAUCUCUGGUUCUUGUCAAGCCACCAAGCCUCCGCCACCCAUACCACCUAAACCUGUUUCGAUUCCAGCUGGACUUGUUUUCAGUCACAAGCCCGGUGAGCAUGUCAAGCCACCUCCUCCUCCUGUAGCACCCAAGGCAGCAACAUUACCAAGGAUGAAGGAUCCUCCAAAGGCUCUGUCACUUAGCCUUACACGAACUGUGGAAUCUAAAUUGGGAGUAACAUCUCCAAAGUCACCUUUGUCUCCUAGACAUACCAAAUGUUUACAAACAUAUGUGGUGAUAACUCUUCCAUCUGAGCCUGGCUCUCCAACUGAGGCAAUAACAGUCCAAGCACCUGUGAGACAAGGGUCCAUCCCAUCUUCAAAGGUAGCAGGGAUACGGACAACACAAAUAGAGCAGAAAACAUCUGCUGAGGUUUUUUCAACACAGGCUACAGUUAGAAGAGCCUCUGUUCCCACUUUAAAGCAUCCAUCUCCAACUACUAUGACCUCACCUGUGGCAGUGGAGCCAGUGGCCCUCUCUGAGGUAGCAAAAGCAACUAAGCAAGCAGGAGAAGAAGCAUUGCCCUCUGCUGUGGCUGAUAUUACAGUUUCACCAGAUCAGAACAUGUUCAUCCAGGCACACACUGUAGUUCCUCCAAUCAAGAAAUCAUAUGUGGAACAAUUGAUUGUUCAGCCACUGCCACCUCCACAAACUCAGUCAGCAGUCAUCACAAUGCUCCCAGAAGAGAACAUUUGCAUUCAACCUCUUACAAACCUACCAGCAACUAUAGGACAGACAACAUCAUCUAUUCCUCAACAACCAGGGAUUGUUGCAGGAGAUGAAAUGAUUCCUCCAAAAUGUUUAGUUGCAGAAUUGUCUCCUCAGGCAUAUAAACCAAUUACACUUGUGCAACAAGAGUAUUUGACAGAAAUUGUAACAGUACCAUCACAGCCUAAGUUACAGUUAGAAGAAGUAGUUGUCCAAGGUGGACCAAGAAACGUGCUCGCAACUGUUCUUGACCAACAAACUCCGUCACAAAAAGAAUUGCUACAGGAAGAUUUGAAUUUACCAACUCAUGUCUUUGUCACAGAAACAGUUCAGAAAAUGUCACCAGUUUCAGAAAAGGCAGCUCAAGGGCCUCUAACAAUAUCUCAAGUAGUAAUUCCCUCAGAAGAACCAGAACUGCAUCCAGGCUAUGCAGAUACGCAAGCCUUUUCUCAAUCAUCAUUAGCAGCACAAAGUGUUCAGGGUUUUGAAAUGCCCUUAGCAAUGGAGCAGCUAACAACACAACAAGCUAAUCUUGAGCAUGAAGGAGUGACUCUCCCUAUGAAUCUUGAUUAUCCCAAAGAAAUGUUUACAAAGGAAACUGAGAAUAGAAUGCCAGAGGUGGCAGUGGUUUCCCCAGUCCCUCAUCUUCACACUAAAGUAAAUGGAAUUACACCUCAGAUAUUCCCAAGCUCUACAGUUCCAGAAAUGGUAACUCAUGCAACUUCUGAAGCUCCCUCCACUUUUGUGAUAGAAGAUACACACCCAGAUGUUACUUUUAAUCCCUAUAUUACGGAUCAAAGACAAGUUUCAAUACCCCCAAUCAUACAACACCAAGCAAUGCCAGAGAUUCUAGUCAUCUCAAAAGAAGAGGCUCCUUUUAGAACUUCCUUGCCAUCCGCAGAACAACCGCCAUACACAACAAGUGAUAUAUUGACAUAUCCAGAGUAUGAAACAUCUCCACAAGUGGUUACUACUGAGGCCUUUGCUGCUACUAGAAGAGAAUCUUUAACUAUGCAGCAACAGUUACCCUUUGCACAAAUAUUGAAAGUAACAGCAGAAAAAGAUGUUCCUAUGAAUGACUAUGCAGCUCAAAUCCCCUACAGGACUGAUUCAAUUCCAUCAGUGGAACACCAACCACAGAUUUUAACUUAUUCAUCAGAAUACGACCAUCCUCUGGAGAUAAUAACUACUGAGGCAUACACCAGGAGAACCUCAAUUCCCUCUGCACAGGAUGUUCCACAAGUUGUAUCUGGUGUAACUCCAGUCACUAUCACUAAAAUUCAGCAAGAAACUAUAGAAAGCCAAGAGAUAAGAGGACCAGAAAAAGUGGUUUCUAGUAUGAGUCACAUGUAUUCUUCUUCAAUUUCCACCUCUGGCCAGCCUUCCGAAAGUCUGCCCAGCUUAGUUACUCAGGUAGUCACCACUGAAGUUCAAAGGACAACUGUUUCUGUAGUCCAUGAGAGACUUCCACAAGUCCCUUCACAAAGUAUAGCCAUCACUAUACAACCAGACAUAGCAAAAGUCCAACCUCUGCCCAAACAGAAUGGUAAGGUAAUAUAUCCAGUGGAUGUCAUUGAUUUGCGUACUCUGAAGUCUGGCAUAAAGAUGACAGAGCAAGGGAUGGACCUUACUCCACCUGAAUCAUGUCGCCAGUCUUUUUCAAGUGACUCUAGUGGACGUCAAAUCACUGCAGUGCAGCCUGAGAUAGUAAAUCUUAGUGCAGAACUCACUCCUACAACAACAUUAUCUGUUGUAACAGACAGCAUCACAAUCGUCACAUGCUCAGCAACCAUUGCUUCUUAUAACAACACCCCAGCAGAAAAACCACUUGAUUUGCAGGGCCCUGUUGCUUCAUUGCCUUUGCCUCUCACUACAAGCAAAUCAUUUGAACCACUUGCACAAAUUGUAUACAGACCUGUACGGGCCCAGUCUGCACUAAAUGCUGUAGCACCUUCAGCUCAAGACAUACCCAUUAAUCUCUCAUAUGAAGCUAUUGUCUCUUCUGUAGGAAAACAGCAAAUGGCUUCAACACCAACAAUUCUCAGCUGUCUAAGUCCUAUUGUUUCCCUCGAGGCUACAGGAGCCAUGGACUUGUCAAACUACAAGCCAGUAAGAGCUAUGGUAACUUUGUCUGCCACAAGCCCAGGAGUUGUGUCUUCUGUUGUAGAGGAUGAUGGAAUUCCAAUAGACCUCACCGCUGGUAGAAGGAGCAUCUGCUGUGAUGUAAUUUACAAGCUACCAUUUACAGGAAGCUGCAGAACACAGCCUCCAGUUACAACCCAGCCUGACCACCAGUUUGGACACAUGGAUGAGCAUGAUCAUUAUGAUAUUGCUGGACUGUAUAGUAUAAAAGGCCCUAAUGGGAUCAAAGCCUCAGUGUCAGAGACUAGUCUGACAGAAGAAAGACUGUCCCCAUAUGAUCUCAAAACGGACUACCUUGGUGGGCCUUCAGAUCAUGCUAUAGACCUAACCUCUUCUAAACUUUCAGCUGGUGAAGCACUUGACUACACUAGCAAAGCAGCCAGAGUCUACUCUACAACGAUUACUGCUCCAUACUACCAGAUCCCUGCUGCUGGUUUUGGCAUAAAUAGUGUGCUUAAAACAUCGGAUGGAAUAGUUUAUUCCUCAGUUGCUGCUCCAGUUCCAUCCACAUAUGCAAUUACCACUCAACCUGGCUCCAUCUUUAGUACUACUUUGACACCUACAUCAAAAGCUCAGGACCAAUCAUUGGUGCCACCAUAUGGCUUCAAUCCUACAAUGGAUCCAGGACAGUUAAUUCCUUUUGAAGCUGAAGUAUCUAAGGAAAUUCUCCCUACAGCUUUAGCCGACAUCAUAACAGGGUAUCCGGAGAUGUACUCAGACACUACCCUAGAAGCUAUUGCUGCCUCUUUAGAUGUCCUAGCUUCUUCCCCAAUUUUCCCUGGCUUAGACAACACUAAGAUGGCUCAGUAUCAAAUGGAGAGAGAGUUUCUGGAAUUGGAAAAGCUUAAGCAGUUAUGUCUUGCUGAGGAGCUGGAGUGGGAAAGGCAGGAAAUACAGCGUUACAGAGAACAUGAGCAGAUAAUGGUCCAGAGGGAGCUUGAAGAGCUUCAAGCACUGAAACAGCAGCUUCUCCUCCAGCAAGAAGAAGAGCAUCAUGCCCACAUGGUGGCUCAGCAGGAGACAUACGCUCAACAGAAAGAACAGUUACAGCAAAUCCAACAACUCCAACUUCAACUCCAGUGGCAGCUAGAUGAACACUAUGGUAGUACUGGCACGACAGGAAACCUUUUAGAAGCUAAGUAUGCAGGCGUAGGAGACAGCGGCCAGUACUGGCCCGUCAAAGAUGAGUCUACUCCUCCAUCAACACGGGCACGUACAGAAGACAGUCACCAACAUCUUAUUAUAGAAAAACUUCAAGCUGAUCAAGACAUGGGGAAAAAAGUACUUGAUAGCGAACUGCAAACCGACGAUGAAGAGAAGCAACAAAUGGGAAGAAAAAAGAAAAUUAGAAAAAACGUUGAAAGCCCCUCUCAGACCGAUGAGGAGGACCAAGAAGAGUGGGAUGCUCCAACCAAAGUUCGACGACGCUCUCGAAAGCACAGCGGUGAGGGGAAGCAUGGCUCCAAGGUAUCUAGCAUUGCCAUUCAGACAGUAGCAGAAAUAUCUGUUCAGACUGACCACUCAGGAACUAUCAAACGGCCCAGCAUUCAAAUGGACACAAAGGUAGAAAUCAUCAAGCAUAUUUCAGCUCCAGAAAACUCUCAUAGAGGUGGCAGUCUGAGCUGUCAGACUGAUUCGGACAGAGGACAUUCACCCAUUGAUGUGGGCUACAGCACACAACUGACAGCAGACAUCCCAUCUAAAUCUAAAGUUCUCUACAGCUCAGUUUCUCCCUUAUCCCCUGAAAAGUCAUAUGGAGGACAGAGGAUGCUAACUGCUGACCCAGCCAGAUUUUCUUCUGGACCUCGAAUAUUAAAAGCUGGUCAGAAGUCUCUAUCCGAUCCUAAAUCUCUUAGUCCAUCUACGGAUGACAGGAUGGGAGGAUAUUAUGCCCACAGCUAUUCUGUAGGUCGAGGAUCUCCUUCCAGUACUGGGAAGAAAAUAAAACGAACAUUGCCAGACCCCCCUCCCGAGGAUGACUCCCUGACAGGAAGGUCAAGCUAUGGCACCAACUCUACCCGUCGACAUCUUGCCCGCAGCACAACAAUGGCCAGAGCUAAGAUUCUGCAAGAUAUUGAUAAAGAACUGGAUCUGGUAGAGAGGGAAUCCUCUAAACUACGCAAGAAACAAGCUGAGCUAGAUGAAGAAGAAAAGGAAAUUGACGCCAAGCUUCGGUAUCUGGAGAUGGGUAUAAAUCGCCGCAAGGAUGCCUUGUUGAAAGAGAGAGAGAAAAGAGAGAGAGCCUAUCUCCAAGGGGUGGCAGAGGAACGAGACUAUAUGUCAGACAGUGAGGUUGGCAACAUCCGAGAUGGUAGAGGUGAUAGCCUUGAGAGACCACGGACUGCUCCUCAGUCAGAGUUUGAUCAAUUCAUUCCUCCACAGACCGAGGCUGAUUCACAGUACAACACACUAACUAGUCCAUAUUCUCCCUAUGGACAAUAUGUUCCACAGACCCAGACCACUACUCACUACACUCAGCAAAAUUUGUACCAGCAACAGUCUUUAUACCAUCAACAAAUGUCUCCUUACUCAACACUUUCCCUUUCCCAUGCCCAGGGUCAGCCUAGCAGCUACCAACAUGCUCUGCUCUUGCAGCAAGGAAAGCAACACCAAACCACCUUGUCAGAUUUAGAGCCUAAAAUUACCACCAGCUAUGAAGUAAUACGUAACCAACCUCUGCUCAUAGUGCCAACCUCUACAGAAAGUGGCUAUGGAGUGGGUCAUUUAGGGAGUAAGUAUGGCAACUUAGACUUGAGGGUAGGAUUAGAGGAGAGAAGCAUGGCCUCUAGUCCCAUGUCCAGCAUUUCUGCUGAUUCCUUCUAUGCUGAUAUUGACCACCACAACGCCAGGAACUAUGUCCUUAUCGAGGACAUAGGGGAGCUCACCAAAGGCUCAUCUGGACUUGGAAAUAGUGGUUUGGGGUCCGGAUUCAGCAUCCCUGAUAAGGAGCUAUCAAAAGCAGACCGACUACUCAGGGCAGCCGAAGCCAGGCGCACAGCAGAGGUUGCAGAGUUUCUAGGGUCAUCCCGCUAUGGAAAAGGGGAAGAUGACACAAUGGAAGAGCCAUAUGAGCUGAAGCUACUUAAACAGCAAAUAAAGCAAGAGUUCAGGCGAGGAACUGAGGGACUGGAACACUUAACCGGCCUGGGCCUCUCCCAAUAUCUCUCAAGUGAUAGCAGUUUUCGUCACUUCCCUAAGGGAGAGAAAUAUAGCAUUGGUAGGCUUACUCUUGAAAAACAGGCUGCAAAGCAGCUCCCAGCAGCUAUGCUUUACCAAAAACAAAUGAAGAACAAAAAGGCCCUUAUAGAUGCUAAAGCCAUCACAAAAUUCUCCCCGAUUCAAGAAGGUAGGGACCUUGAGCCUGAAUUUGGUAGCUAUUUGGGAUCUGGAACUUCCUCUGUGUCCAGUCUGGCAGCAAGAGCUAGGUUACUUCAGGAUGAAAUUACGUUUGGGCUGAGAAAGAACCUGUCUGAGCAGCAAAAGUAUUUGGGCUCCUCCCUAGGAGCCAACCUUUCUGGUUCUCUUAAUCUUGGACAGUCUCUAAGUCUUGGAUCAGCAGUCAGGGGCACUGUUCAGGAUGAUGGCACCUACCCAAGUGGCACUCGAUCUCGUCCCUCCUCUCGCCCUUCUUCCCGCCCAUCUUCUGUUUAUGGCUUAGAUCUGUCCAUCAAAAGAGAUCUGUCCAGCUCCUCACUCAGACUUAAGACCGAGGGAGAAGUCCUGGAAGCAGCAUUUGCCCCUGGUGUCUCCAGAGCAAAGCCCACCAGUUUACCUAUCAGCCAAAGCCGGGGCCGCAUCCCCAUUGUUGCUCAGAAUUCUGAGGAAGAAAGCCCUCUGAGUCCAGUGGGACAGCCUAUGGGUAUGGCUAGAGCUUCAGCUGGUCCACUUCCCCCCAUUUCUGCUGACUCCAGGGACCAAUUUGGGUCCAGCCAUUCCCUGCCAGAAGUACAACAACAUAUGAGAGAAGAAUCUCGGACACGAGGCUAUGAUAGAGACAUUGCAUUCAUCAUGGAUGAUCUACAAGGCGCCAUGUCUGACAGCGAAGUGCUAAGUGAGUCCAUGCUGGCUUUGAACAGAGAUGGUGCCAGAAUCUUUCAUGAAAGUAUCAGACACGCCGGAGGCACAAACUGGAGUAUAGAAGCCUACCACCUGCGCAGAGAAGACACCGACUGGUUUGAUAAACCAAGAGAAGGACAGCCUCAAAGUGCACACAUGUUGGACCGGAGACAGAUGAAACUGGUUCCUUACACCUUCCCACACACUCGCGCCAAACUCAAGAGAGACAUAAGAGACACAAGUGUCUCAGGAAAUGGACUUGGCAUCCGUGUGGUAGGUGGGAAGGAAAUUCCAGGGGGCCGUGGUGAGAUUGGAGCCUACGUUGCCAAGGUCAUGCCUGGUGGGGUGGCUGAACAAACAGGAAAGGUUGUUGAGGGAAUGCAGGUGCUGGAGUGGAACGGAGUCCCGCUAACGGGAAAGACUUACGAAGAAGUGCAGUGCAUCAUGGGCCAGCAGUGUGCAGAGGCGGAGCUGUGUGUGAGGCUUGAUCUUAAUAUGAUGUCUGACCCUGAGCACCCACAAAUUCUGGAGCACCACGUCCAGCUUAAGGCUGGUGGACAGCGCUCCCCUGGUGUGGAUCCGAAGCAGUUGGCUGCAGAACUACAAAAGGUGUCUGAGCAGCAAGCCCCUGACUUGAUGGGGGCCGCACCAGGAGGUCUGGGGGUUCUCUCUGCUUUAGAACGUUCUGCCCUUCUACACUCUGGUGCUGGUUCUGCAGCUUCCAGUGGGGUCCCGAGCCCUGGUCAGCCCACCUCCCCAGCCAUCAACAAGAAGCAGCGACAUAAGCCAAUGGAAAUGACCAGGACACCUCAUCUCAUCACUGGAGAAAUUCAGCUCCAGAUAAACUACGAUAGAAACUUGGGGAACCUGAUCGUUCACGUCCUGCAGGCUAAAGACCUGGCUCCCCGGGAAAACGACGGUUACUCUGACCCGUUUGUGAAGGUCUACCUUUUACCAGGGAGAGGCCAAGUCAUGGUUGUCCAGAAUGCAAGUGCUGACAACAAGAGAAGGACCAAGUAUGCUCAGAGGACUUUAAACCCAGAAUGGAACCAGACUGUCAUCUACAAAAACAUUCAUUUGGAACAGUUAAAGAAAAAGACGCUGGAGGUAACUGUGUGGGACUAUGACAGAUCCUCCUCCAAUGACUUUCUAGGAGAAGUUCUUAUUGACUUGUCAAACACAGCACAGUUGGACAACAUUCCUCGCUGGCUGCCCUUGAAGGAGCAAAGUGAAACCAUUGAACACAGCAGAGCUCACCAUGCUGCCCAAGCCCCGCCUGGUUCUGGGUCUGGUCAGGGCCACGGUCAGGGCCACACGUCUGGGUCUGGACCUGGGCACGGAAUGGGACUGGGUGAUGUGCUAGGGCAGGGAGACGAUGGUCAUGAUUCACCUAAAAACUCUGUGAUUAAGAGCAGAAGCCAUGGAAUCUUUCCUGAUCCAGCCAAAGAUAUGCAAAUGCUGCCUUUGGAAAAGUCAAACAGCAGUCCAGGCAGCUCCAAGUCUUCCUCCGAUGGCCAGCUGCGCUCCCACGGGCCCUCCCGAAGUCAAAGCAAAAGCAGUGUCACUCAGGCCCACCUAGAGGAUGCUGGGAUAGCCAUUGCUGCUGCAGAGGCUGCCGUGCAACAGUCCCGCCUGCAACCAAGACUGGGGCACCGACUGGGUGAUGUCUCAGGGUCCGUGGUGCUUUCUGCUCCGAGUCUUGUUGGAGACACCUACGGAGGUCUGGAAGGAGACGAAGGGAUGGGAACUGGAGUGGACAGCGCAAUUUUCCAAGUGCCACGGAUUGGUAAGACUAUUCCCAACGGUACAGAUAAACACCAAAUAAUCACUCCAGAAAAUGAAGGUGGUAAAACACAAGUAAUAGGCGAAAUCAAGGUUGCUCUCAAGAAGGAGGUGAAGACAGAGGGUGAUCAGCUGGUGUUGGAAAUCCUUCAGUGCAGAAAUAUCACCUACAAGUUCAAAAGUCCGGACCACUUGCCAGACCUCUAUGUGAAGUUGUACGUGGUGAACGUGGCCACUCAGAAGAGGAUCAUCAAGAAAAAGACCAGAGUUUGCCGCCAUGACCGAGAGCCUUCUUUCAACGAAACCUUCAGAUUCCCUCUUAACCCCACAGGACAUUCAUUACAGCUUUUCCUGUUGUCUAAUGGUGGCAAGUUUGUGAAGAAGACCUUGAUAGGAGAAGCCUACAUUUGGCUGGAUAAGGUGGACAUGAGGAAGAGAGUGGUCAGCUGGCACAAGCUGUUUGUCAGCUCCAAUCUGAUGAAUCCUUGAGCACCAAGACAAAAGAACGCAGUCAUGCUGCAAAGGUGAAAGCAAAGAUCCAAAACAAGGAUUGAAUAAAAUAGAAAAAAAGGUUUAUUUUAUUUACUGAGAUUUUAGGUCGUUAGAUUAAAAAGAAUGUAGGAAUAGCAUGCAUGUUUAACAGUCUAACACUGCCAACACACAUGUAAUCACCUCCUGUCAUGCUGAUUCCCUGCAGACUUUGCUUGAAUGCAAGCAUGCAAACACCAUGGCAGGUACUGAGAGCUACAAUACAGAUACAUGGAUUAACAGUGGUUAUACAUUAUUUUCUUUCUUGUUUUUGCUCUUAUUCUACAAUCAAAGCUCUUAUUUUGAAGCCGCACAACUGAGCUCACAUACCCAUCACACGUAAACACGUCAACAGAACUUUAUGAUACCGUCACUGCAAUGAAGUAUGAGGUUCUGAUAUCCGAAAGGAGGAAAUUAAUGCAUAACAUGUCAUAUAAUACAAUUUCCAUAUAUGUAGAAAUGAAAAACUUCACAGAACCGAAGUAAAACUCAGACUGUUGGCCUUUGCAAUGGGAUGAAGAUUAAAUGUACAGCACAGAUCCCAUGUGCAGAUUACAGAGCAUAUCAAAGAACUGUACAGUGUGAUAUUUGUAAAACACAAAUAGCUUAUAUGCAGAAUAUAUCUAAAUAGAGUAUCAGAGUUGUUAUCUUAUAAUUAGAUCAUAUACGAGAUGAUAUAGACAAAUAGUUUGGUUAGAUUAAAGCUGUGGGUGGCGCACUUGACAAUCCAGAAAUCGAACAUGUGAGCAGUCCUCAUAACUGCUAUGUGACUCGGGACCUAUGUAAGCUCCUGGGUGGACUUGAUAACGUCCCGAAGCUCCACUGAGGCACGUAUGCGUUGCACAGGUGAUCAUAGGUCACAUCAACAUCCGGGCGAGUUGGAAUUACAAUAAGAAUGAACACCAUCUUGUGCUUUUUCACCCAAAGCACACGUGUGUUGAAUGUUACAGAUAUUUAAGAAGACACUGUCAGAUUCAUUAUAUCUGUCAUAUUUGGAACAUUGUCAUGUUGAGGUUUAUUUAGUGGCUCUUUGUGUAAGUCCCUCCAUGUUGCCAUUAUGUUUGACGAACACUCGAGCAAGCUGCACCUCUGGUUUUCUGUCGUUGACGGGUCUAAUGUGAGUUUUAGCGAAGGAUUUAGUUUGACCUCGAAAUCAAAUCAAAAUGUAGAUUUUUUUUUAAUAUCCUGUCAGUCAAAUGUCAAGGUUGCUCUGUGUCUCUGGCUGUGCAGUGACAACAGUUUAGUGUCAGUGAUGUCCAUCAAACACAGUGAAACCAGCACCUUUCACUGCCUGUGAUCAAAGUAUUCUCUCAGGCCAGCGAGUUCACCCAUCGUAACACACGUAACGUCUCAAUGUUAAUGCGUGUGACCCAUGUUCAUCUACAUCUACUUGAUGUUUUGCCACCAUAUGAAAAACUUAAAUAAAACAUUAAAAAAAUCAGAAUUUCUGUCAUUUAGGUAUAAAAUGAUGAAGCAACUUUUAAGCAACAACACACAAAGAGCAAGAUGUCACCUACACAUUUGAAUACAGUGUAGGGCAGACCGUGUUUUUUUUAAUAUUCACUUAUUUGUGCCAACCUUUAUUUUAAAAAUCCUGAAUAACUUAACUUCCUUUUUUUAAUAUCCCAAACCCAUUAGUUCUUUUAAGGUAACUCUAUGCAACAUUUGAAUGCAUUUGUGUUAAUUGUUUAGUCUAUGAACAUGUUGUCUAGAGAAACUACGAUUUGUACAUUAGUGAGCAAAAAUCUCUUAAUUUUUUUACUUAUUUUAUUAUAUAUAUAUAUAUCUACAUAUAUUGACGUUAACAGGUGUUAACUUCAACACAGAUCUUGUGCACUUUAUUACAAUGUUUAUUUUGUCUCAUUUUAACCGUCACAGCAUGUAAGGUUACAUGUUUUGUGUUCCUGCACUAAAACGGAUAAUGUGGUGGUGGCGAGAUAAAAUAAGAAUAGAGUAACGAUUAUGAUAAUAAAUCGUGGUGUGCAUUUUGUAUCGAUGUGGCAAAAGAUUAUUAGACAAACAUGUUGCUGUUCCUGAAGUCAAUGAAGAACUUUUACGUGAAAUCACCCGCAACUGCUUCAUGGUCAUAGUGUCUUGUGUACACGGUGCAGUUUUUCAUGGCUCAGUCAUGGCAGGUUAGCCUCUCGUGUUUCAUCACACAAAACAAAUACUGUUUCUUCAGAUCAGCUGUUGCCUGUUAUUGUGAAACCAUUAGUUUGUCGUCGUACCGAGGAGUGUGAAUGUGACUCAAGUUGUCUGACGUGUACAUAAAGUGUUUAUUUUCUACAAUGAUUGAAUGUUUAUAUUGUCCGAGGUUUGAGCAUGUGAGUGUUAAAAAAAUAAAUGAAAAAUAAAAACCCACAAAAGACAAAUGACUGUACAGCAAUGUCUAUAGUUGUACAAGGGGAGAUUUAUCAAAACGUGCUGUCAACCAAUGACUAUUAGUGCAAUUAUGUCCUCUGACCUGCAGAUUCAUGAGGGAAAAAAUAUAAAUACAUAUAGUCAACUUCAGUAGAUGUCUGAAACCUUUUGUUUUGAAUGUUGCAUGUUCUGUUGAUGGUUUGUCUGUAUAUUUGGCCCACAGAUUAUGUUUUAAAAGAGGGAGAACAUGUAUAGAAGCAUCUGUAUGCUAAGAGUAAAGAGAACUGCUUGUAAAGUUGUCUUGUUUUUCACUCCGUGUAAAAACAGAGCAUUUAAUGUUAUGGUUUUGUGAUCGUUCACGGGGUGUGUUAAGAUAUGCAAAUUGUGCUGUAAAAAUAUCAAAGUUUCCCUUGAAUCAAAAAAUAAAUAUUAAGAGCUAUAUUGCAUAUCCCAAUAAAACUAAA